AUGGCCGACCACAUGGAGCUCUCUAUGGAGAGCGGCGGCGGCGGCAGGCCCCCGUCUACGCCGCAGAUCAGCCUUGUGGCACUGUUCCUCGCGUGCAUGGUCGCCGGCGGUGUGCAGUACGGCUGGGCGCUGCAACUCUCCCUCCUCACCCCCUACGUCCAGACAUUGGGAAUACCUCACGCUCUUACUUCGGUUAUGUGGCUCUGUGGUCCUAUUGCUGGGUUAAUUGUGCAACCAUGUGUGGGUCUCUCUAGUGACAAGUGUGGUUCGCCACUAGGGAGGCGGAGACCGUUUAUCCUCUCAGGAUGCAUCGUCAUAUCCAUAUCAGUUAUAAUUGUUGGGUUCUCCUCAGACAUCGGGUACGCACUCGGGGACACGAAGGAGGAUUGCAAAGAUUACACUGGGCCUCGGUACCGUGCAGCUGCCGCCUUCAUUUUGGGCUUCUGGCUACUCGACUUCUCCAAUAACACAGUGCAAGGUCCAGCACGCGCGUUGAUGGCCGAUUUAUCAGGUAAACAUGGCCCGAGUGCAGCCAACGCGAUCUUCGUCUCUUGGAUGGCUAUCGGAAACGUCCUGGGAUACUCCUCUGGCUCCACCGACAAAUGGCACGAGUGGUUUCCCGCCCUCCAAACAAGAGCUUGCUGCGAAGCUUGCGCGAACCUCAAGGCUGCCUUCUUGGUCGCAGUGAUAUUCCUAGGUUUUUCGACGGCGGUAACAAUGAUCUUUGCAAAAGAGACGCCGUUGGACCCUGAGGUGGCGAAGCAGGGCGAGGGGGAGGCGACGGGCCCGCUGGCUGUAUUCAAGGGCCUAAAGAACCUGCCGGCCGGCAUGCCACAGGUGCUCAUCGUGACCGGCCUCACGUGGCUGUCAUGGUUCCCCUUCAUCCUCUUCGACACCGACUGGAUGGGUCGCGAGAUAUACCAUGGCAGGCCGGACGGGAGCCCCGCAGAGAUCGCCGCCUUCCAGGAGGGCGUCCGGCAGGGUGCCUUCGGCCUGCUGCUCAACUCUGUGCUUCUUGGGAUAAGCUCCUUCAUGAUCGAGCCCAUGUGUCGGAAGCUCGGACCAAGGACCGUGUGGGUCGCUAGUCAGGUCCUCGUAUGCAUCGCAAUGGCGUUGGUGGCCAUCCUCGGCGCAUGGUCGCUCGGCGACUUCGGCGGCAACGUGCAAGACGCCGCGGCAACGGAAAAGGGCCUGAAGACAUCAGCCCUCGUCCUUUUCGUCUUCCUCGGCCUUCCCUUUGCAGUUCUAUGUAGUGUUCCAUUCGCUGUGACGGCACAGCUUGCCGCGAGCAAAGGUGGUGGGCAAGGACUUUGCACGGGGAUCCUGAACAUCUCCAUCGUGACGCCCCAGAUGAUCGUCGCCAUCGGCGCUGGGCCGUGGGACGAGCUGUUCGGCAAGGGAAACAUCCCGGCGUUCGCCCUGGCCUCUGUGUUCGCAUUCGCCUCCGCCGUCGCCGGAACAAUCAUGUUGCCUAAGAUGUCAAAGAGCAGCUUCCGGUCCGUAAGCAUGGGCGGAGGACAUUGA